GGAACAUUGUGAAUCAUGGACGAUGCUAUCAAUAGCGAGACAGCAAAUCCAAAGAAACCCAUAGAAAUCCGCAAUACUAGUCGUUCAGCCUUGUGCUCUCUUCGAGAAGCACAUCUCAAGCAACUCUUGAUUCACUGGACACAAAAGAGUGUGUGCUGGGUGAAGCAUGGCCUCGAGUAUCUCGAGAUAUCAAAAUCCCCAUAUAUCCAGAGACAAUUUCCAAAUAAUCACCGAUUUACAUUAACUGCACUUUAAUAAAUAUAAUAAUACAUCUUUGUCUAAGCGCACAUUAAAUAUACCUAGUACCAUAACGAUUACCCCCUUCCAAACCUUACCUAGAACACUUACCCCGAACUUCAGAAAAAAGUUAACGAUAUUGACAACGAGAUCAAUUACUGAAUUCAGACACUGUUUGACCUGAAUCCUAAAGUCUAUUACUCUAUCAUAUUCACGUCCCUCAAUACCACUAAAUCAAAGUAUCGACUCCUUGAUCCUGAUUCUGAUCCUUGAAUUCUGCCGCUACGAUAAGGGACAUACGGCAACAAUCUAGUAAGAAAUAUCAACAACGCGAAACACACAAAAAUAAAGAAGAAGAAAAUUCUCUCCUGAUGAAGCAGAUUUCCUCCCAUCUAUCGCCGACAUCUCUUUGCUGAUUAGCUCCGUCGCGCCGUCCACCGCAUUCCACAUUCUUCCCAAUGCGCAGUUGAUAAUAUGCCCUGGCAACCUCUUCCACGCAUCGCAUUCGCCGUCGCAACACACCCAUUUGUUGCUUCCUCGCCCGCAGAUCUCCCACUCGAGCUUGGGGAUGAACUAUACAUAAUUGAACAGGGUGGGAAAGAUUCACAAUGGUUUCGAGGAUAUUUAGUUGCUCCGCCCAAUCUACUGGCUGGCUUGACAAGUAUAAAAGGGCAGACUCUUGAGGCUAGGGUCUUCUCUGGAAUAUUUCCAACCAGUUGCGUAGAAGUUCGGGAGGUUCUAGGAGAUGACGAGGGUGAGAGUCAGGUUUCUACCGAGGAUGGAGACAUUGUCAAUGGGCACGGAUCUACGAAUGGAGUUUUGGCAAAUAAGAGCUCUAGUUCUAUCAAUGGCGCAAACGGACAACCUGCGAAGAAGAAACCGAAGAGCAAGGUUUUCAUGAACGGAAAUACAAAUAGAUUGUCAAUUGUUGCGCAACGAGAACCUGGCGCACCUAAGCCACCAGCUCCAGUGCCUAUGCUGAAGAUUGGAGACGAGACCCCAACAUCUGCCUCCGAACCAUUAGUGGACGAAAUUGCAUCCUGUUUAAGAGAAUGGCACUCUACAAAUUUGCAUGAGCUCUUGCUCUCGAGGCAAUAUCACAAGUUGGAUAAGAUGUCAGCCUUGGUCAAAACUCUGGAUCUUUCAAGAAGGCAAAUUCUGCACAAUGUCUGCACAAAACACGAGCUUCAGUCAUUGAGGGAGAAAACAGUAUGGGAUCUUGUGAGGGGGAAUAAAUUAUUGAAUGGAGAGGUUAUCGUUCGAGAUCCUGCUGCCCACGGUAGGGUUCUCACAGGUGAUGAUUCGGCAGUGGAUGUCACUAGACUUCAAUCUAUGAUGAGUUUGUUGGAUGAGAAACCACAACUUUCGAUGCAGAACGAAAAUCUGAUACUCUACCAUCUUUUGCUGGACGUGAAGGCUUUUGUUGGAGUGUCUACGGAAUCCACAAUUCUAUCAUUUUUCCUAGCUACCAAAAAGCCUGGCUCGGCAGGUGUGGCACUUUCGGAAACCUAUAUUGUGAAUGUACCUCCUAGUGCUUCUCUUGCAAGUGUAGGAAAAUCGGGACAAAUGAGAACUCUCUUUACAGACCUCGCAUCCACUGACAUCGGAGAUCUCCCUUCUACGGAAGGCGAAUUAUAUCUUGUAGUGAAGGUGCAAUCGUCGACACAAGUCACAGCAGGCAAACCUCCUUCUCGCGGUGGAUCAAGGGGCAACUCAUUCUCCAGGGACAGUUCUAGCAAGGAUCGGGAGAACCCUACAUCUGCUGGCGCUGGAUCUAAGGCAGGUAGGAGGAGCUUGAUGUGGGGAAAGACCAGGACUCCAUCCAACGCGACUAAGCUUACGUCUCUCUCUGAAGCCGAGGCCGGCGCUGAAUCGAGUUCUAGUCGAGAUGGUGCCAAUAAAAGUUCUUCGUCACGAAAUGGUGGAGACGCUAAGCCUGGAAUCUUAACCCAAACCAUCUCAAAGACUGUUGGUAUAGGAGCUCUAAAAUUGAGCUCACUCAUGAAAAAUCAAGAGGAAGCUGAGCAUGUCAUGACUAUAUGGGCACCCUCAGCUGCUUCUGGGCAUGAAAAACCAAGCCCAAGUGAUGGAUGGGAGGAGAUUAUUCGUGAUCUAAUGACAAGCCAAUCCGGUGGGUAUGAAAAGUCUCGAAGAACGGAACGCCUACAGGUAUAUCUGAAAGCAUUCAACAGCCCAGACGCAGAUGGACUGAUCAAGUCUACUCCAACACUACUGUCAGGAAUCUUGAAAACGAAUAAAAUGGGCUUUUCAGGAGCGCCAACAAAGCCAAGAUCAGAUAUAUAUGUCACUAUCGAUGAAGCCUUUCUCCCCAAACAAGCUCUUCUUUCGCGAUCCGUUGGCAGUGCAAUGCCUGUAUCCUCGUCCUUUGUAGGAUCAAAUCUCCAAAUAACUAUGGAAGUGAGAAAAUCAAGCGGAGAGCGGCUUGAGGGCGCUAUCUACCCAUCAUCGAAUGCAGAGGGGCAAAGUUCUUGGGAGUCGGUAGCAGCCGAACGAGGCGAUGCAUGGAGUCAAACACUACGUUUAUCUAUACCGCAUCAAGAGGUUCCGGGUUGCCAUCUGGUGAUGGUACUUGCAGAUGCACCGAAUCAUCCCCUUGCUAUAUGCCACAUUCCACUCUGGGAUCAGCAGGCAUUCAUGCGAGACGGGCAUCAUUCUUUACUUCUGUACAAAUACGAUGAGACGACUAUGUUACCUCGAGGCAGUUCGGCUGGUAAAAGUGGUUAUCUCACUCUGCCAUGGAAUGCUCGUGGGAAAGAUGAUGUGUCAAAAGAUGAGGCUGUUACUGGACCGAUCGCGACUCUUCGUAUUCAAACAUAUCUAUGCAGUACAAAGUUCUCACAGGACAAAGUCCUCCUACGAAUACUCAAGUGGAAAGAUCAGCCGUCAGGAGACUUGCAGCAACUUUUACAACGAUUGGUUUUUGUCUCAGAGAUUGAGAUUGUGAAGUUGCUUAGCGAUGUAUUCGAUGCUAUCUUUGGAAUACUCGUCGAACACACAGGAAACGAUGAUUACGAGGACCUAAUUUUCAGUGCCCUAGUUACAGUUCUUUCCAUUGUACAUGAUCGACGAUUCAAUCUCGGUCCUUUGGUUGAUCAAUAUGCCGAAACUCGAUUUAAUUACCCAUUCGCAUCACCUUGUCUCGUGAGGUCUUUCACUCGCUUGCUUGCUAGCCCUUCUGAUCCGGAGACUUCGAGAAAACUGCGUGCCACAUUCAAGGUGGUUCGGCAUAUCCUGAAAUUCAUCACUCAUGCGAGAGGGCAGCAGAAAGUGAAAGAAGCGGACAUCGGCAUUACUCGUUCGAGUUCAGGUUUUGGUCGCCAACUCCGCCAAAUUUUCAAGGCACUUGAAGGAAUGAUGAGAACCACAGCACCCAUUUUGGUAGGAAGUCAAACAUUGGCUGUGCAGCAUUUUCAUACUUGGCUACCGGAGCUUACCGGCUUGCUUAGCAGAGAGCAGAUUUUGCAUAUUGCCAUUGACUUUAUGGAUUCAUGUGCAUUGGUGAAAGGAAAACUCAUAUUGUAUAAACUUGUUUUAAUCAUUAAUUAUUCUCGAAUGGAUCUAUUUGCUCAACCCGAACAGAUGAAGGCUAUCGCUACGAACACGGCUAGGUGGAUCUUACCGCACUGGGGUAAGACAACAGAGGUUACCGAACAAUGGAGGGAGCAAGUUCGACUUUGUUGUUCAAUUUUGGCGAUACAAAUGAAUAAUUUGGGCCCUGAAAUUCCUGUAUACAUACCUAAAAUCGUCGAUUCAUAUCUCACACUACGUACAGGCGAAGUCAAGUCGCAGACUCGCUUGUCAUUGCUAUUCCCCACAGCGUAUCCUUUUCCAAGUAAAGUCAUAGCCGAGAAAGCGGAAUUCGAUGAGGCACUUGUUGAGCUUUCGGCAGUCUUAUCUUCCAUCUCAAAUUUACCUGCAGGUAUGCAACUUGAGCUUGCAGAAGGCGACAUGGCAACUUUAAUCGAGGGUCUCCUGAAUAUUCAUCUAAGCAUCUUAGAAUGUGAAGCAUUUCCGCAAAACUGGUUAAGCGUUCGCAUCUUCCACCAUAAAUCAACGCUCAAAACACUCGAGUAUUUGGCCAGCAUUCUUCUGGACGGGUUCUUGCCUCAUCCUGACGACGCGGAAGAAUAUAAUGCAGAAUUGUGGAAAGCAUUCUUCACUACUUUACUCAAACUCGUUGGCAGUGAUUCUCUGGCGCUGGAAACCUUCCCCGAGCAGAAACGAAGAGCAGUAUGGAAGAUUGCUGGCGAUGUGCGCGAAAAUGGUGCAGAACUCCUAAGGCGAACAUGGGAGUUCAUUGGUUGGGAUACUACCCCUGAAGAGCGACAGAAAUACGCAUUGGCAAAAAUGGGAGGUUACCAAGUUCAAUAUGUGCCUGCUCUAGUCGGACCCAUCCUUGAGUUAUGUCUUAGUGUGCAUGAAGGUCUUAGGCGCGUCGCAGUGGAAGUUCUCCAAACAAUGAUUGUCAGCGAAUGGACUUUGAGCGAAGAUUUAAGCGCGAUUCAAACUGGAAUCAUCGAGUGCCUGGAUCAACUCUUCAAAUCGAAGCCCUUAACAGAAAGCAUUCUACAGAAAUUGUUCAUCAAUGAGCUGUUCACCUUAUUUGAUAACUUGUCUCGAAAUCCAGAUGAUCCGCUUUACAAUGCUAUAAAAGACCUCAUUGGUACCACUGAUGAAUUCCUGGAUCUUCUCGUUGCGGUUAAUAGUACGGACGUCACUGGUGAAGCUUCCCACAUGAUUCAUCGCUUACGACUAAUGGAAUUUCUUCGAGACAUGCAGAAGGAGGAUAUCUUCAUUCGAUACGUCCAUCAACUCACAGAGCUGCAAACAAAUGCUGGAAACUAUACUGAAGCCGGACUUGCAUUGCGUCUUCAUGCCGACUUGUACCAAUGGGAUCCUUCAAAAAUACUGCCUCCGUUGGACGAACCAGAUUUCCCUGCCCAAUCUCACUUCGAUCGGAAGGAAAGAAUUUAUUUCGACAUGAUCAAAAACUUUGAAGAGGGCGAGGCAUGGAGUAGUGCCCUUUCCGCAUACAAAGAACUGCAAUAUCAAUACGAAGACAAUGUUUUCGAUUUCUCUAAGCUGGCUAGAACACAACGGGCAAUCGCCACAAUAUACGAAUCGAUUUCCAAAGCCGAUAAAAUCGUUCCCAAGUACUUCCGUGUUAUUUACCGAGGAAUGGGUUUUCCUCAGAGCUUACGCGACAAGGAGUUUGUGUACGAGGGAUCUCCCAAUGAGCGAACUUCUGUAUUCACGGAUCGCAUGCAAGAGCAACAUCCCUCGGCUCAGAUUGUCACUGCUGGCGAUAUUGACGAUGUAGAGGGCCAAUUCUUGCAAAUCUCCUCCUUAAGCCCGCAUCGAGAUCUUGCUCAUCACGUCUUCCAACGUUCUAAAGUCCCUCAAGUCAUUAGAGACUAUCUACUUUCGGCAAAUCCUCGUUAUUUCUCUACCACAUCUCGUCGCACUACUUCAGGCCCAAUCAGUGAUCAUUCAGCCGAGAAAAUAAUAUACACUACUGUAGAUACCUUUCCAACAAUUCUUCGCCGCAGCGAGAUUGUUUCCGUGGAUAGAUAUAAGCUUGAUGCUCACCAAACAGCUCUUGAACGAAUCAUUCGCAAAACCCAAGAAAUGACUGCUGUGGAGAAAAGGAUCGCAGAUGGCGAAGAUGAAAUUGCACCGCUCUUAGUUGAAGCAUUGACCAUAUCCGUUGAUCCUAAUUCUGAGUCCAGUAUAGCGAGAUAUAGAGAAUUGCUGCCUAAUCCAAUACAAAGUGAAGACGAAGAAGGGGAAAUAGUAGAGCUGGGGCCGAUAGAAAACGCCCUUAAAAUUGCGUUGAUAGAUCAUGCAAUUAUGAUCAAAAGAUGCCUGGCUAUGUUUGCAAAAUCACCUAAUCUUCUCAGUCAGGAUGAUCUGCAACACUAUUUCGAACAAACAUUCGCGUCCGAGCUCGCUUCUCUACAGAUUCCCCAACCAUCUCUCUCUAAUACUUCCCCAGGCCUCGUUCCAGGCUGGACACUUUCGCCUUCAUCAUCCAAGGGAGAUCUUAUGAAUAGCUCACAAGGACAUCUGGCGCUUCCUCAUUCCCAGUCCUUUACGAACGGUACUAUCGAUACUAGUAUUCUCGAUAGUCCUGAUCAUACCCGCGCGACUGGUGCUUCUAAACGUCUCAGUUCGUUCCUCAAUCGAAAUAUGAAUGUCGAUCAAGAAAAUCGCCCUCCGAAGAAAGAAAAUCGCAAGAGCUUCUUUAGUGGGAAUGGACUAAGUAUGAAUGGUAUUUCCAUAACCCAUAAGGACCGUGGCCGAAAAGAAGCUGUAGAUGAUUUCGCAAUUUCUGAAGAGAAUGAUUUGUCACAUAGCAUGGAAGAUUCCAAGGAAUGGAUAACGCAGAGUGAUCUUUCAGUUCAGCCUCCUCAGGGAAACUAUACUACAAGUAAUUUAGGUAAUGGAAGGAGAAGCAGUAGUUCUCAACGUAGACCAGGUACUACAGGAACGGGUAGUAGUCAAGGUAUAGGGGGGCUGGGAAUGGGAAUGGGUAUUGGAAUGGGAAGUAAUGGGAGCGGAUUUGGUGGAAGUGUGAGGAAGAGGUUCAGUGUGUUAAGGUUGGGGAAGAAAGCGAGUACGGUGGGAAGUGGGUUGAGUGGAGAUGUAACAGAGGAAUGAAGUGGGGAUCUUGACAGAGAAACAGAGAUGUCCUGAUACUGGGGAAUGAAGGAAAGAGAGUAAUGGGAGAUUUUCUGGGUACGAUCUGCAAACAUAACAUGAUGCAACAAUUAUGUUGUGUUUCACGUGGAUCUUGGGUUUUUUUUAACGAGGCAUAGAUGGAUGGAUAUGGUUGGGUGGAUGGAUGGAUGGAUAGAUGGAGGCUCUCGCACCCCUUGACGGAUACAGUUUCUUUGCACAUAUCAUACGCUAUCUGGCUUCUCUUUUGUCACAUUUGUUUUGAGCGCGGAGCUGGAGCGUGGAUCUGGAAGAAUGGUUUGUGGUGGGUGAUUUGUUCUUUUGUACAAUUUUUAGUUCUUAGUGCAUGCGGAGGGUUAGGGUUUAAAAAGGAAUGAAGGGUGGGGAAAAGAAAGGGGAGAAGAUAAAGUGGGGAAAGGAGAUGAAAAUACCCGAGAGAAGUUGAAGUUGAAUACCCAAAAUACUCAGGUACUUGAUAUACCUGAAGGAAAUGCCUAUAGUUGAGAUACCAUACAUUAUAUACCUACAUUACAUUAGUUGCUUAAUAAUCAUAGAGUACUUACA